CAACACCCACUGUCCUAUUGUGCAAAGAUGAAAGUCCUUUUUAUAAUUGCAUGUUUGCUCAAUAUAAAUCUCGUCAUAGGUCAAGAAACCUGCCCUGAAGAAUUUACAUAUAACUUUGGUUAUUGUUACAAGUACGUUUCAACUGCGUUAAAUUUCAAUCAAGCGGAUAGUCAUUGUAAUGGCCUUGCAACAGGCUGUUCAUUAGUAUCAAUUCAUUCACCAUCAGAAGAAGGCUUUGUGCAUGGAUUAGUUCAAACGGACGGUUAUUACUGGAUUGGAUUAAAUGACAUUAAUAACGAAGCAGAUUUUGUGUGGACGGAUAGAACAUUGGCGAAAUGGACAAAUUGGGACUGUGGCAGUCCUGGAUGGAACGCCGGAAAAGAUUGUGUCCAUGGUAAUGAGGGUGAUAGCAACAGAUGGAAAGAUGAAGACUGUGAAAAUUUCUAUCAUUUUGUUUGUAAGGUUGCAGCAUCCUGAACAAACUUUGAUUAUU